CACUCCGAUCAAAUCUUUUCAGUGAAAGGCGAAGGGUUACUGGAGCACUUGAAUUGUGAAUCUGCGCAGUUCGGCAGCGAAAUUGUCGGUCUCAGCUAAGAGAGAGGAAACUGUAUUGUUGUAGUUUUUGUGUACGAAACUGGACCAAAAAUUGUUUUACAAUGGUACACGUUAUUUGAAGUAUCGACGAAGCCCAAUCCGGAAAUCACCGCAAUUUUACUGCAAGGAAUCUACGUCAUCGAGAGUCAUAAACAGAAGAAAAAGAACAUUAUGAGAUCUCUGCUACAUCAUUCAUAGAUCAGAUUUCGGUCCUCAUGUGCCUUUUGUGGUGUUUAUAGACAGCCCACCCUUCCUUCUCUCUGCUAAAGUGCUAUUAUCUUCUGCUUGGACAUGUCAGCAGCACAGAUGCAGAGUGAUGGUGAUCAGCGUUGGGGUUGCCUGGAGUCCCUGGGGCUAAGCCAACGGGAGCUGGUGAUGGCUGAGGCCUUACAAAUGGAGUAUGAUGCCCUUUCCAGGCUCAAGCAGGAGAGCAAGGUGCCAUCUACUAGGGGUGGACCUGAGCCAGGCAAGGAGCCCUGUGAUGUUGAGAGAACAGCGCUGCAUGAUAGUCUCAGCCCACGUGGGGGUAACCUGAUAUGCGGUCUUUCAGGCUCUGACCCCAUGCUUCACCUCCAGCCUGGUGUAUCCAAUCCUUCGUCAACCACCCUACAGCCUCGAAACUACUCCAAGGAGCCUCUCUACAUCUUAGACAGUCCUGCCAAAUCUGAGUAUGAGAGUUCACAUAUGCUGCCCCCUAAGAACUUUACCCCGUCUGAUGACCCCCCACCUGCAGUGCCACCUCGCAACCCUCUUUCCUCCAGUAACUCCCAGGUGUGGAGUGGUUCAGUGCCCAGGGAUGUGAACCUCUUCUCCUCGGAGGUGGAACUGCCCAAAGUCUCCGGUGGGGAGCCUCUGAAUUAUGAGGACCUGAAUGAAGCCCUCACACGCCUGAAUGUGGCCUCUCCACCAGCACCGGGCCGUUGGGGCAAUGGGGACACUGCAGGAAAGCCUGUGGCUCGUAGUAAAACCCUCCCCCCAAAGGUGCCUCCUCGCACCUACUUACCUCUCCGGAAAAGCAACAAGAGCCAGCGCAGAGUGUCAGCUGACCCGGUGACCAUUGGCUCAAGACUCAAUGGCUUUGGCUAUGAACUCUUUCAAGUGUAUGAAGAAAGGGAUGAGGAGGUGGCCACCUUCUGCCACAUGCUAGAUGUGUUGCGGUUAGACUACCCUUCGAAUGACCGCUCUAAGAACACCGGCUUCGUGUGGAGCCCUUGUGUGGGUCAGGAUGAGCUACAGCAAGGCCUGGGUGUCAGUGUCAAAGUCACCGUCAUCAGCAACCACUUCAGAGAGCCCCUGAUUUUCACCUGUGAUGGCUCGUCUACUGUUGACCUGCUGAUCUACCAGACUCUGUGCUACGCCCAUGAUGACUUGGUUCUCAUUGAUGUGGAGGACUACUUGCUGAAAGUGUGUGGUCGUGAGGAAUUCCUGAUGAACAAUCAGACUUUGGCCAGCCUAGAAUACAUUCAGCAGUGUCUCAAAUUUGACUGGGAGAUUCGCCUGUUUCUUACCAAGAGAAGCACUAUAAGCCAGGAGCUUGUGCGGACGGAAGAAGAUGAUGAGACUCCUUCCACAAUGAAUCACAGCAUACUCCUGCAGGAGCGACCAAUCAAACAGACUGUCACAAGAGAAGCUCUGACACUGCUCCUGGACACAUUCCACAAUGAAGCAGAAUCCUUUGUCCUUUCAGAGACGGAGCUACCACUACGUGUGGAACGGUUGGUGCAGUCUGUCAAGGCCUUGUGCAGUUCAUUGGCUUCCAUAGAAACUCCAGACAUCACUGCAGCCCUCAGUCAGCUGCCUGCCUGCCCCUGUCGGCUGCAGCCUCGUGUCCUGAAGGACAUAUCGGUGCUGGCAUCACAGGAGAACAGAGAGAAAGUGGUGGAGAAGCUGACCUCCUCUAUCUUGGAGUUGGUGGAGCUCUACUGUAGCACCUUUAACGCCAAUUUCCACACCACCCCUCAAAGCUACCGACCCAGUGCCCCUUUGCAGGAAGCCGGCUUUGUCACCAGUGUGCUGUCCUUCAGUGUCUAUGCUGCUCAUCGAAUCCCCAUCACCUGGGCUGCCAGUUAUGAAGGGUUUUUCCUCUCCUGCUCACUCACCCAUGGUGGGGCAGAGCUCUGUGCCCCCCAACACACCAGUAAACAGCCGGUCAGCAAGUACCUCUUCCACCUAGUGGUGUGGGACCAAAGGAUCUGUUUUCCGGUCCAGAUCAAUCGACUACCACGGGAGACACAGUUAACAGUAACUCUGUAUGCCACCCUGCUGCCACCACCAGGGGGCACCGAGGACAAGAACAAGCAGAGGCGGAGCAUGGAGGCACUGGGCUGGGUCACCAUGCCCCUCUUCAACUUUAGACAUAUCCUCACAUGUGGAAGGAAGCUGCUUGGCUUUUGGCCUUCAACCCCAGGAAGUGGCAAUGCUCGCUCCAGCACCCCCAAUUUUAGCCAGCCCGACAGUGUCAUCUUGCAGGUGGAUUUCCCUCUAUUUUCCUUUGAGGUACAUUUCAGCACCCCCCCACCUGCUGAGUUCAGCCCUCAGUACGAGUUCUCUCGCUUGGAGCUGAACAGCCAGAGACAGCUGCAGGAUGUUUUGCACAAGAAAUCCUUCCUCUGGCUGACCAAUGAGGACCGAAAGCUGCUGUGGGAAAAGCGUUACUUCUGCCAUGCAGAGAGCAGCGGGCUGCCUCUGGUGUUGGCCAGUGCUCCUAACUGGGAAUGGGCCAGUCUGCCAGAUAUCUAUGCCCUGCUCCAUCAGUGGGCUUGUAUGAACCACUUGGACUCACUGGGCCUGCUGCAUGCCAUAUUCCCAGAUCAAGAGUUGAGGCACACAGCUGUCCAAUGGAUGGACUCAAUCUCGGAUUCUGAGUUGCUGGAUUUCCUUCCUCAGCUGGUGCAGGCCCUGAAAUAUGAAUGCUACCUGGACAGUCCUUUGGUGCGCUUCUUGCUACGGAGAGCAAUAGGGGACAUUCGCAUUGCACACUACCUCUUCUGGCUGUUAAAAGAUGCUCUGCAGGAUUCACAAUUUAGCAUGCGCUACCAGUACCUUUUGGCAGCACUAUUGUGCUGCACAGGCCGAGGACUACGGGAAGAGCUGGAUCGCCAGGGCUGGCUGGUCAGCAUCCUGGCUAAAGUGGCCCAGAACGUGAGGGACACCUCCCCCUCCACCAGACAGGCUACUUUGCGAGAACAACUGGAAGAAGUCCACCACUUCUUCUGUGUCAGUGGCAGCUGUCGACUCCCACUGAACCCUGGCCUAAUGGUGAAGGGCAUCAACAUCCAGGGCUGUUCCUACUUCAACUCAAAUGCCGUCCCCCUCAAACUCUCCUUCCAGAACCUGGACCCUCUUGGAGACAACAUCAAUAUCAUAUUCAAGUCUGGGGAUGACCUGAGACAGGACAUGCUCACCCUUCAGAUCAUCCGUAUCAUGAAUAAGAUCUGGAUUCAGGAGGGCCUGGACAUGAGGAUGGUCAACUUUCGCUGCUUCUCUACAGGACGUGGACGAGGAAUGGUGGAGAUGAUUCCCAACGCAGAAACCCUGCGUAAGAUUCAGGUUGAGCAUGGUGUCACCGGGUCCUUCAAGGAUCGGCCACUAGCAGACUGGCUGCUGAAGCAUAAUCCCUCUGAGGAUGAGUAUGAAAAGGCUGUGGAGAACUUCAUCUACUCCUGUGCGGGAUGCUGCGUGGCCACCUAUGUCCUGGGUAUCUGUGAUCGACACAAUGACAACAUUAUGCUCAAGUCCAGUGGCCAUAUGUUCCACAUAGACUUUGGCAAGUUCCUUGGCCAUGCACAGAUGUUUGGCAAUAUUAAACGGGAUCGGGCUCCAUUUGUUUUCACAUCUGACAUGGCUUAUGUCAUCAAUGGGGGUGACAAACCAUCUAGUCGCUUUCAUGACUUUGUGGACCUUUGCUGUGAGGCCUACAACCUCAUCCGCAAACACACGCACCUGUUCUUGAACCUGCUUGGACUGAUGCUGUCCUGCGGCAUUCCAGAGCUGUCUGAUCUGCAGGAUCUGAAGUAUGUCUAUGAUGCCCUGCGACCUCACGAGUCCGAGUCUGAUGCCACCAUGUACUUCACCAGGCUAAUUGAAUCGAGUCUAGGCAGUGUAGCCACCAAGCUGAACUUCUUCAUCCACAACCUGGCGCAGAUGAAGUUUGCUUCUUCCGAAGAGCAGCCUGUGCUGUCUUUUGCCCCGCGUGUGCACACCCUGAAGAGUGAUGGGCUCAUCUGCAACCUUUUUGUGUGCCGGCACAUCAGAACCUACAGCCCCAACAAGGGUUAUGCUUAUGUUGUGAAGGUGGAACGUGAUGGCCAGCAUGGUGCGACACUUGUUCAGAGGAGCUUUGAGGAGUUCCAUGAGCUCCAUAGUAAACUACGCCUUAUCUUCCCAUCCUCUAAACUACCUAGUUUUCCCAGCCGUUUUGUGAUUGGCCGGUCACGUGGCGAAGCCAUGGCUGACAGAAGGAAAGAUGAGCUGAAUGGCUAUGUCUGGCACCUUAUCCAUGCUGCCCGAGAGGUGGCCCAGUGUGAUUUGAUCUACACCUUCUUCCACCCACUUCCAAGAGAUGAAAGACCAGGGACUGUUUGCAACACACUACAGAACAAACCUUCAGAGGUGUCAUGGGCUCCCAUUGCUGGCAAAAUCGUGGGAGAGGUGAAGCUUUCUAUCUCCUACAAGAGCAACAAGCUUUUCAUCAUGGUCAUGCACAUCCGAGGGCUGCAGCCCUUGCAGGAUGGAACAGAUCCUGACCCUUAUGUAAAGCUGUACCUCCUACCAGACCCCCAGAAAACCAGCAAGAGAAAAACCAAAGCUGCCAAACGCACAUGCAAUCCUACCUACAAUGAGAUGCUGGUGUAUGAUGGCAUUCCAUGGGGAGACCUACAGCAGAGGGUGAUUCAUCUGAGAGUGCUGAGUGAGGGAGCCUUCUGGGAGAACCUUCUGCUGGGGGAAGCCUUCAUAUCACUGACAGCCCUUUUGCCUGGGGAGCGCUGGGUGGACUGGCACCAGCUUGGAACUGGGGGCUUGGAUGGCACUCGCUGAGGAAAAGGAUAUAGGAUGAUGAGCAGUAUCCUGUGUGUGCACAUGUAUAGAAAAAGGACAAGGAUGUGAAGUCAUUUUGACAGAAGUACAUAUGCAUAUGUUAUGUACAUGCUUUGAAUGUAAUGAUAAGGUCUACCUGCUCUGAGUCAUGUUAUUCCCCCCAGUGGGGGUGCAUUGAAGAAUUGUGUUCAUUGAAAACACUGAGAUCAAUAUGGUUUUCACUGGAUAGUAUACAAGUAGGAUUAAAUGUGUGGCUUACAACCAACCAAGCUGUUUUGAGUCCUGGAUCGAAAGAAGGAGAAAUUAUUUGGUGUUUGGCAGGGGUUCAUGAAAUGAAAAUGGAUCUGAGCCAUGAAAUUCAAGCAUUCGAGAAGGCUGUGGUGUGUAAAUUAAGUAAUGCAUCUCAGUAUAACCCAAGCAAUGGCUCCUUCAUAGUGUCCCCUAACCAUAAAAAGAAUGUCAGGCAUCUGCAAACUACUGUUAGUUGAUUUAAUGUGGCAUAUCUUACAAGGUUUUAAAGAGACAAAGAAAAUCUUAUUUCUUCUUGAAUGUUUUUUAAUUCUAAAAGCUCAAUUUUGAGCCCUUAUUAUAUAGAUGAAAUGACAUACAUAUGUGCCACAGUCAUACAUUGACUGAUUAUGUGGUCCAGUUUGUGAAUUAGGUGAAUACUUUUGUACUGUGGAAGGGUAGUUUGAUACCCAGCAGUCUGACUUGGUGCUAUCUUGUCUUGAGGCUGUAAAUACUGUACUUUACUUGGUGUAGGCUGCUUCUCCCCUGUAGUUAUUUGUUUGAGUGUAUCAUGCAGGAAAUAAGCCACUGGCGAUCAGAGCUACAGAUAUAACUAUGCUGUCAAUUGGUACCCUUAACCACUUCAGUUCACUAGAAUUAUUCAUAUAUCUAGAUUACCAGAAAAACAGACAUCCCUAUAUCCAGAGAAGUAUUUCCAAAAUGUUAAAUUGCUUGUUCAGUUGCAUGCUGUGGAAUGUUAUGACUGUUUAAUUAUUGUAGGAUUCCUCAGGAUUCCUUAAUCAAGCGUUAUGAAUCUAAUAUCAGAUUUAAACUCUUAUCUCCAGCUUAAAAAUCCUCAUUAUUGGUAAUGCCGUCUUACUUACAUUGUUGGAUUUUCACAGGUUGCUAUGCUGUGGUGUUCUAAUUAAGCCUGAAAUGCAAAUUAGUCCAGCCCAGUAUGGCUUUUCCUUCCAAAUACAUUUGGAGAAUGAGUCUUGGGUUCUGUUUCCAACAAAUUUUCAUGUCACUCUGUAGUUCCUGGGGUCCAUCAUGUUCUUGCUAAUCAAGCAUAAUCAUUAACGAAGAUCUGAAGUGUAUUUGUACUACUUUUUAUGCUCAUUGCCUAAUUUCUGAAAGGGGAGCUGAUUAUACAGUCAGUCUUAAACUGAAGGUAAAAGGGUGAAAGGAAAGAAUUUUGAUCAAGUACAGUUUACACAGUGUUUCUUAGGUUUUUGAGACUUACUGUAUUGACAGCUGUUUUGUCUUUGGAUCCAUAUCCCAUAUAAUUAAUGACACCUUUUAAAAAGGUGUUAUGUCCAUAGAAUAUUUUGCUAUGGUGUUUUGGAGCACCUCCUUUUGUUUAAUAUAGUAGGAUAUUUAUCUUUUAAUUCUUAGACCAUUUGUUUAUUUUCUUCUGUGUGAAACUUAAUAGCCAUUAGAAAUCAUGUGUUAAGUAUUCAGUGAUUGUCUCUUUGUAAGUUUUACAGCAAAAUUAAUAUUUUUAAAGGGAAAUGUUUGCAGAGUGCACAAAGAAAGUUUAUUUCUAAAUGUGUUUUUUGGUGAACCCAGCAUAAAUUUAACAAGUUUAACCCACCUACCCAGUAAGCAUUCAGAAUUUAAGAAGGAAAUAAAAACUUGUAAUGCCUUCAAAUUUAGUGCUAUUAUUACAUCUUUGCUUUUUUUCUAAGAGAAAUGUUUUGUGGAUUGUCUUGUGGAUAGUAAGUGAAGGUAAAUGGAAUUCAAAUUCUCCAUUUUCUUCACAACUGGCAGGAGUGUCUGCAUUUGUGUGCUGUGUAAGGACCAUAUCUUUGAGCCAGUGCAUGGCCACGAUCAGUUUGGAGGAUUGCAUUCAACAGCACAAUGAGAAUGGGACAGAAUGUAAGUUCAAAAUGGACAGAACUCGACGUCUCAUAAAUACCGAUGUCAUAAUUGCAGUUUAUUAUGAGAACUCAUUAGUUUUUUUAAGACUUCAUAAAUGUAUGUGUAUAGUGUGCAUUUUUAAUUUGAUCAUUUUUGUAAAAUUAUUUGCACUAAAUAAACUUGAACUAAAAAUA